AAUUGUGAAUAGCCCACCCAACUUUUAUAGAUCUCCCCCACUCGUUAAGUGACCACGCAGCGAUGGUUGCCACAACCGUGACUCAAUUCGUCACCCGGGCGCCGCCGCUGGUCGGUGAAGCGGAGGAAAGAGAGGAAUCGGCGGCCUCGCCGGACCGAUGCCAGUUCUGGCUUCCCAACAAGCGCCGCCUCUGCGCCAACACUCCCCUCCCGUCCUCCCGAUUCUGCGGAAACCAUGAUCCCGAUGCCGGUGCUCGCCGGAUCCCCUGCCCGAUCGACCCAUCCCACUCCGUGUCGGAAGACAAUCUGCAAUCCCAUGUUAAGAAAUGCCCUUUCAGGAAGCAAGCGCUAGCUUUGGAGAGCCAACCAUACUAUUCCAAGGGAAUAAAUGGGAGCCCGGAUGACGAUUAUGUGGACUCAGCUGCAAAGAGAAAUGCAAUCCUUCAACUUUCGGUGAAGGAUUUCCAAACUCUUCUUGAGAAGGUCAAGUCAAUUCAUUCAACCAUUUCGGUGGUUUUGUUGGAUUCAUAUGUAAUUCCCGAUGCCUGCAGUGCAUGGCUGAAGCAGCAGCAUCUGGAUAGGAAAUUGCCAUACCAAGAGAAGCACGCCAUGCAACAAGCAUCAAUCGUUGGGAACAUAGAGGCAACGGGAAUCCUUCAGAAACCAAAUGAGUCUACAGAACCAUUUUAUCAAGAAAUCGUGGGAAGAGAUCAUUUUGGUAGGGAUGAAAGUCAAAUCCCAGCUGUGGUGGAGUUUGGAGCUGGCAGAGGUUAUUUAACUCAGAUGCUUACAGAUUGUUAUGGGCUUGGCAAAGUUUGUCUGAUCGAGAGAAAGUCUUACAAACUCAAGGCUGAUCGAAGUCUGCGACAAAGCCAAAACAUUAUUUUAGAACGUUUGAGAAUUGACAAAGAUUUGAACCUCAAAGAGGUGAACUUAUUGAAAGGACUUCAAUACAUAGCCAUCGGGAAACAUCUAUGUGGGCCUGCAACAGAUCUUACCAUAAGUUGUUGUCUCAGUGGACAAGGUGAGCAAAAUAAGGAAACACAUUCAACUAUUCCAAAUUUGCAAGGACUCGCUCUAGCAACAUGCUGUCACCAUCUUUGCCAAUGGAAGCAUUAUGCAAAUACAAAAUUUCUCCUUUCUCUGGGCAUUACAAAGGAAGAAUUCCAUGCUAUGACAUGGUUUACUAGUUGGGCUGUCGAUGCAGAUCAUAGCUCCGAGCUUGCUGAUAUGCCGUUUAAUGCCACAAAUAUCAGCACGAUCAAGGAAAAGCAAGCCGACUUGCUGGGUGGCAGCGUCGAUGAUGCAAUACGAAGUAUACCAACACUAGAUAGGGCUCGUUUGGGCUUCAUGUGCAAGGAGAUUAUUGACACUGGGAGGUUAUUUUGGCUGAGAGAACAUGGAAUGGAGGCACAACUUGUGAAAUAUGUCCCAUUGAGUAUCUCGCCAGAAAACCAUCUGCUAAUUGCGAAAUGAUGCAGUUAGGUUCAUGCUAAAGUGAAAGCUAAAAAGCAUUGGCGUUCAUGCUAAAGUGAAAGCUAAAAAGCAUUGGCUCGUUCAGUAUCUGGCUAAAGCUUGCUAUCUCUAUAACCUAUAGUUCUAAGGUCAGACCGAGGUGUUUGGUAACGCCACGUUUUUAUUAUGCGAAAGAAGUAUCACAUGAUAUGAUUGUGGCUUUGUUAAUUUGCUUUGAUUCUAAUUUACGAUAAGUCUAGCAUCCUUUGGUUGCA